AUGCCGGAGGUUCGGGCAGGGCUCGCCGACCGAGACGGGGACGGCGCCCUGGAUGCAGGGGAGUUCGCCCUAGCAGCAGCCCUGGCCGAUCGCCGGCGCCAGGGCUACAGCCUGCCAGACGUCCUCCCUCCGGAAAUGCUGCAGGCCAUCGGCUUCGGAGACGCCUCCGACUGGGCCAUGGCAGCCGAGGACCUGCAAAGAUACCGCGACAUCUUUCAGGGCCUCCCUCUCCAACGAGAUGGUCACCUGAGAACUCGCGAUGCCUGGCAGGUCCUGGAACGUUCUGGGCUCCCAACAGAGGAGCUGUCGGCUGUCCUGCGUCUGGUUGGUGACAAGGAUGGGGCGCUGACCUUCAGUCAGUUUGCCUGCGCGCUGCAUCUCCUGGCCCGCCGUCGCGCCGGCGCACUCCUGCCCUCGUCACUCCCGGAGGAGCUUGCUGCGUUGGGCGACCGGCAUCUUCGCAGCCGUUUCCUCUCCAUUGAAAACAUGGACAGUCGAGUUCAUGCCAUCCUGAGCUCUUUGUGGCCGGCUGCGCGUCGGCCCUUGGCGCCCUUCCUGGUGCUGGGCGUUGACAUUCUGGACGCCUUGGACUUGGCCUCCUGCGAGGAGGCUUCGCCGCCCGCGACCUGGGAGCCAGAGCCCGGUGUGGCUCAAGAAAUUGACGGCAACAGAGAGCUCAGAGAGCUUCCGGGCCCCAUCCCGCCAAGUGCUGCACAGGAGCCUGUGGAAGGUGUUUUCCGGCGGGACGGUGUGGGGCUACAGGGAGAUUGGGCAGACACUGGCGGAGACCAUCCCAUUCUUUUUGCUGUUAAACUUUGCGGGUGUGGCAGCUUGUCUGCAGCUUUGAUGGUGAGUGUGGAAGCAGCUCGACUUCUCGAAAUCCCGGAAGGCAAUGGAUCAGGCCCUUGGCGCGACCGGCCGGCGCAGGAGCAUCGCUCCUUGGCAAAGCUUGCGACGGCCCGAGGUGUGCCUUCUGACACCUCUGAGCCCAGGAUGUUUCACAGCGCUGCCGCUGUCAUCGCGGGCGCUGCAAUCGACUUGCUGGAUCGGCAAUAUCGGGACAGAUUUGGAGGGAUCGUGAAUGGCGUCCUGAGCCGUGAAGGGCCAUGGGUCAAUGUGCCCUCUGCCCUGUCGAAUGCAAUCUUUGCAAAGGACGUUGAGAUGCCAGCCGUGCUAUUGGAGGAUAGGUCGAGACGGGCUAUCGGCUGUACUGAUACGUCGUUUGGCAGUGGCUUAAAAAUCACGGCAUCUUUUAAAGCUGCUUCCUUCAGCGAGAUGGACAGUCGAGUUCAGGCCAUCCUGAGCUCUUUGUGGCCGGCUGCGCGUCGGCCCUUGGCGCCCUUCCUGGUGCUGGGCGUUGACAUUCUGGACGCCUUGGACUUGGCCUCCUGCGAGGAGGCUUCGCCGCCCGCGACCUGGGAGCCAGAGCCCGGUGCGGCUCAAGAAAUUGACGGCAACAGAGAGCUCAGAGAGCUUCCGGGCCCCAUCCCGCCAAGUGCUGCACAGGAGCCUGUGGAAGGUGUUUUCCGGCGGGACGGUGUGGGGCUACAGGGAGAUUGGGCAGACACUGGCGGAGACCAUCCCAUUCUUUUUGCUGUUAAACUUUGCGGGCCGGCGCAGGAGCAUCGCUCCUUGGCAAAGCUUGCGACGGCCCGAGGUGUGCCUUCUGACACCUCUGAGCCCAGGAUGUUUCACAGCGCUGCCGCUGUCAUCGCGGGCGCUGCAAUCGACUUGCUGGAUCGGCAAUAUCGGGACAGAUUUGGAGGGAUCGUGAAUGGCGUCCUGAGCCGUGAAGGGCCAUGGGUCAAUGUGCCCUCUGCCCUGUCGAAUGCAAUCUUUGCAAAGGAGAGAAAACAUGACGUGCAUCUUCGCAGCCGUUUCCUCUCCAUUGAAAACAUGGACAGUCGAGUUCAUGCCAUCCUGAGCUCUUUGUGGCCGGCUGCGCGUCGGCCCUUGGCGCCCUUCCUGGUGCUGGGCGUUGACAUUCUGGACGCCUUGGACUUGGCCUCCUGCGAGGAGGCUUCGCCGCCCGCGACCUGGGAGCCAGAGCCCGGUGUGGCUCAAGAAAUUGACGGCAACAGAGAGCUCAGAGAGCUUCCGGGCCCCAUCCCGCCAAGUGCUGCACAGGAGCCUGUGGAAGGUGUUUUCCGGCGGGACGGUGUGGGGCUACAGGGAGAUUGGGCAGACACUGGCGGAGACCAUCCCAUUCUUUUUGCUGUUAAACUUUGCGGGCCGGCGCAGGAGCAUCGCUCCUUGGCAAAGCUUGCGACGGCCCGAGGUGUGCCUUCUGACACCUCUGAGCCCAGGAUGUUUCACAGCGCUGCCGCUGUCAUCGCGGGCGCUGCAAUCGACUUGCUGGAUCGGCAAUAUCGGGACAGAUUUGGAGGGAUCGUGAAUGGCGUCCUGAGCCGUGAAGGGCCAUGGGUCAAUGUGCCCUCUGCCCUGUCGAAUGCAAUCUUUGCAAAGGACGUUGAGAUGCCAGCCGUGCUAUUGGAGGAUAGGCAUCUUCGCAGCCGUUUCCUCUCCAUUGAAAACAUGGACAGUCGAGUUCAUGCCAUCCUGAGCUCUUUGUGGCCGGCUGCGCGUCGGCCCUUGGCGCCCUUCCUGGUGCUGGGCGUUGACAUUCUGGACGCCUUGGACUUGGCCUCCUGCGAGGAGGCUUCGCCGCCCGCGACCUGGGAGCCAGAGCCCGGUGUGGCUCAAGAAAUUGACGGCAACAGAGAGCUCAGAGAGCUUCCGGGCCCCAUCCCGCCAAGUGCUGCACAGGAGCCUGUGGAAGGUGUUUUCCGGCGGGACGGUGUGGGGCUACAGGGAGAUUGGGCAGACACUGGCGGAGACCAUCCCAUUCUUUUUGCUGUUAAACUUUGCGGGCCGGCGCAGGAGCAUCGCUCCUUGGCAAAGCUUGCGACGGCCCGAGGUGUGCCUUCUGACACCUCUGAGCCCAGGAUGUUUCACAGCGCUGCCGCUGUCAUCGCGGGCGCUGCAAUCGACUUGCUGGAUCGGCAAUAUCGGGACAGAUUUGGCGGGAUCGUGAAUGGCGUCCUGAGCCGUGAAGGGCCAUGGGUCAAUGUGCCCUCUGCCCUGUCGAAUGCAAUCUUUGCAAAGGACGUUGAGAUGCCAGCCGUGCUAUUGGAGGAUAGGUCGAGACGGGCUAUCGGCUGUACUGAUACGUCGUUUGGCAGUGGCUUAAAAAUCACGGCCAUCCUGAGCUCUUUGUGGCCGGCUGCGCGUCGGCCCUUGGCGCCCUUCCUGGUGCUGGGCGUUGACAUUCUGGACGCCUUGGACUUGGCCUCCUGCGAGGAGGCUUCGCCGCCCGCGACCUGGGAGCCAGAGCCCGGUGUGGCUCAAGAAAUUGACGGCAACAGAGAGCUCAGAGAGCUUCCGGGCCCCAUCCCGCCAAGUGCUGCACAGAGCCUGUGGAAGGUGUUUUCCGGCGGGACGGUGUGGGGCUACAGGGCUGCAGGGGAGAUUGGGCAGACACUGGCGGAGACCAUCCCAUUCUUUUUGCUGUUAAACUUUGCGGGCAAUGGAUCAGGCCCUUGGCGCGACCGGCCGGCGCAGGAGCAUCGCUCCUUGGCAAAGCUUGCGACGGCCCGAGGUGUGCCUUCUGACACCUCUGAGCCCAGGAUGUUUCACAGCGCUGCCGCUGUCAUCGCGGGCGCUGCAAUCGACUUGCUGGAUCGGCAAUAUCGGGACAGAUUUGGAGGGAUCGUGAAUGGCGUCCUGAGCCGUGAAGGGCCAUGGGUCAAUGUGCCCUCUGCCCUGUCGAAUGCAAUCUUUGCAAAGGACGUUGAGAUGCCAGCCGUGCUAUUGGAGGAUAGGCAUCUUCGCAGCCGUUUCCUCUCCAUUGAAAACAUGGACAGUCGAGUUCAUGCCAUCCUGAGCUCUUUGUGGCCGGCUGCGCGUCGGCCCUUGGCGCCCUUCCUGGUGCUGGGCGUUGACAUUCUGGACGCCUUGGACUUGACCUCCUGCGAGGAGGCUUCGCCGCCCGCGACCUGGGAGCCAGAGCCCGGUGUGGCUCAAGAAAUUGACGGCAACAGAGAGCUCAGAGAGCUUCCGGGCCCCAUCCCGCCAAGUGCUGCACAGGAGCCUGUGGAAGGUGUUUUCCGGCGGGACGGUGUGGGGCUACAGGGAGAUUGGGCAGACACUGGCGGAGACCAUCCCAUUCUUUUUGCUGUUAAACUUUGCGGGCAAUGGAUCAGGCCCUUGGCGCGACCGGCGCCGGCGCAGGAGCAUCGCUCCUUGGCAAAGCUUGCGACGGCCCGAGGUGUGCCUUCUGACACCUCUGAGCCCAGGAUGUUUCACAGCGCUGCCGCUGUCAUCGCGGGCGCUGCAAUCGACGUGCUGGAUCGGCAAUAUCGGGACAGAUUUGGAGGGAUCGUGACUGGCGUCCUGAGCCGUGAAGGGCCAUGGGUCAAUGUGCCCUCUGCCCUGUCGAAUGCAAUCUUUGCAAAGGACGUUGAGAUGCCAGCCGUGCUAUUGGAGGAUAGGUCGAGACGGGCUAUCGGCUGUACUGAUACGUCGUUUGGCAGUGGCUUAAAAAUCACGGCAUCUUUUAAAGCUGCUUCCUUCAGCGAGAUGGACAGUCGAGUUCAGGCCAUCCUGAGCUCUUUGUGGCCGGCUGCGCGUCGGCCCUUGGCGCCCUUCCUGGUGCUGGGCGUUGACAUUCUGGACGCCUUGGACUUGGCCUCCUGCGAGGAGGCUUCGCCGCCCGCGACCUGGGAGCCAGAGCCCGGUGCGGCUCAAGAAAUUGACGGCAACAGAGAGCUCAGAGAGCUUCCGGGCCCCAUCCCGCCAAGUGCUGCACAGGAGCCUGUGGAAGGUGUUUUCCGGCGGGACGGUGUGGGGCUACAGGGAGAUUGGGCAGACACUGGCGGAGACCAUCCCAUUCUUUUUGCUGUUAAACUUUGCGGGAUGUUUCACAGCGCUGCCGCUGUCAUCGCGGGCGCUGCAAUCGACUUGCUGGAUCGGCAAUAUCGGGACAGAUUUGGAGGGAUCGUGAAUGGCGUCCUGAGCCGUGAAGGGCCAUGGGUCAAUGUGCCCUCUGCCCUGUCGAAUGCAAUCUUUGCAAAGGAGAGAAAACAUGACGU